AUGCCAAUUUUUGCUUUGAAGCCAAACUGGAAGAAGAGAAUAAAUUAUUUAUAUUUAAGUAAAAUGUAGAGUUGCCAAAACCAAUAAAAACAAAAUAAUAAAAUUCACAGAGAUUUAAUGAUUACUCUUUAUUGCAACUAAAGAAAAUCUGUUGAUGAGGAUCAAUCAUUUAGAAAUUAGGAUCUUAUGAAACCCACACUAAUAGUAUUGCUAUGGUAAAAAGAAUUUAGUGAACAUCAAGUAAUGGCAAUUUCAUAAUCUAUAAAUAUACACUGA